GAGGGCUGGAUUUUGCUUUCGCUUCGUUCAGCGAGAGCUACCAGACAGUCUGCUCUGAGCUCCACGAGGAACUUCCAUCGCUGUGCAUUGUUAAAACUCUGUGUGGCUUUCCUUCCUCAAAAAAAAAAGACACGUCUUGACUUGAAAUGGAAGAUUCGGGAGAACCCCUCGAAGAUGCCCUCCUCUUUGCCCUGGACAACCUCUCCGAGGAGAACUUCAAGAGGUUCAAGAACAAGCUCUGCUUCCUGAAGAUGGAGGGCAGAGCCAAAAUCCCCCGGAACAAGCUGGAAAGCGCAGACACAAUGGAUACUGUCUGGCUCCUCUUGGAAGCCUAUGGCCAGGAUGGGGCCUGGGAAGUGGCCGUCGCUGUCCUCAAGGCGGUCAGCUUGCUGGAUUCGGCCACCAGGCUCCAGAAAUGGAAACGGAAUGAUCGCAGGAAGAAAUAUAAAAGCUGUAUCCUAGAGAGCCUCGGGGGCAUUCCUGAAUGUGACUCCCCUUCUUCUGGCCAAGCGGUGAGCCUCUCCCAAAGAUAUACAGAGUUGCUCUUCUGCAGGAAACUGGAUCUUCAACAGAGAACCCACGAGGCUGCGGCCAUGGAGAGGAAGCUCCAGGAGUUUGAGGUUCACCAAGGAGAUGGGCUGCAAGAAGUUAGCAUGGAGAAUUUGUUUGGUCCAGACGCUCAGGGGGAAAGCUCCAGAACUGUUGUGCUGCUUGGACCCGCUGGAGUGGGGAAGACCACAGCCCUGCGGAAGAUAAUGCUGGACUGGGCAUCUGGCAAGUUCUGGCAGGAGAGGUACGAGCAUGUCUUUUACGUCUCCUGCAAAGCAGCAAACUAUGGCAAGGGACCCAUGACCGUGGCUGAGCUGGUACUCAGCAGCUGCCCUCCAGGAACUUUCCUAGCAGAGGAUGUCUUCAUGAACCAAGACAGCAUCCUCAUCCUCAUCGACGGCUUUGAUGAGCUGGAGAUCAGCAGGCUUCCAGGUGACGUUACCUGCAGCGACCCCCACAAAAAGCAGGCCGCCGUGUCUUGGGUGAUGGGUCUGCUCAGAAGGAGGCUCCUUCCCAAAUGCCAUCUCCUUGUGGCUACGAGGCCCAUGGCUUUGGGGGCACUACUGCCAUGCUUGAGGUCACCAUGGUUUGUGGAAGUGUUGGGAUUUCGACCGACUCAGAGGGAGGAAUAUUUCCUACGCUUCUUUGAGGCCAAGGAAGACGCCGCUCGUGCCUUUGAAAUCGUGAGAAGGAAUGAAACUCUGUUCAGCUUAUGCUUCCUCCCGGCUCUGUGCUGGAUUGUCUGUACCGCCUUCAGGCGGCAACCCCAAAAGGUCCUCCUUAAAGCUAUCCCGGAGACUGUGACGGUCACAGAAAUCCACCUGCAGCUCCUCUUCAGCUUCCUGGGCUGCAACCUAAGGCUGAGCAACUUGAAAGGCCUUUGCUCCUUAGCCAAGCAUGGAGUGCUCCAUAAGAAGGUGAGCUUUGGCGAAGAAGAGCUGAAAGAACAUUGCUUGGGCUGUUCAGACUCGGAAACCCUUUCUGUCCUCCGUAAAGAUCCCCAUGCACCAAUUACUUACAGCUUUGUUCACUUAAGUUUCCAGGAAUUAUUUGCAGCCCUGUUCUACCUGCUGGACACAGAUGGCGACUCCAGCACCUCAUCAUUCAGGAUGAUGAACGAGGGACUGGGAAACAAUAAAAGAUGCAGAGGCAACUAUUUCAUGCUGGUGCGUUUCCUCUUUGGCCUCUGCAGUGCAAAGAGGAUGGACCUCCUGCAAGAAGCAUGGGGCUGCCAGGUGUCCAGGACCAGGCUCUGGCAGGAGAUGCUGAGAUGGGUGGAAGAGGAAGCAACAUGUCAGUCCUUUGGGAGAGGGGAGCAACUCCUGGAGCUUUGCCACUGCGUCUACGAGACAGAGGACCCUCAGUUUGCCGAGAGCAUCCUGAGACACGUCUAUGACUUGGACCUCCGAGACCUGCUCUUCUCCAAGCUGGAUUUUGCUGCUCUUUCAUUUUGCCUAACAGCUUCUCCAUCUCUCUGCUCGCUUCGGCUCUCUGGCUAUGAGUUGGGGCCCACAGCAUUCCACCAGCUCUUGCCAGGACUGCUGAAGCCCUCGGAGAUCCAGCUGAACCGCUGUGGGCUCCUAUCUGCUGCAGGCCAAGAUCUUUCCUCUGUCGUGGUGGCUAAUCUGUGUCUGACCAGUCUGGAUCUGGGUGAAAACCCACUGGGUGAUUUGGGCGUGAUGCACUUAUGCCAUGGGCUUCUUGAUCCCCACUGUCAACUACAGUGUCUCCGGCUACAUUGCUGCAAUCUGACAGCUGGCGCAUGUGAGCCCCUUUCAGAGGUCCUGGCAUCCAACCCGUCUCUCUCUGAGCUGGAUCUGGGAGGGAACAGCCUGAGCGAUGAGGGGAUCAAGAAGCUGUGCGAGGGGCUGAAGCACCCACAAUCCAGGUUGCAAAGACUCACGUUGCACCUUUGCGGUCUCACAGCCAGGGCGUGUGAGGAUCUGGCCUCCGUCCUGGAAUCCCACAAGAGCCUGGCAGAGCUGGGCUUAGGGGGGAACAGCCUGGGAGACGAGGGCGUCAGGCACCUGUGUGCCUCACUGGCGAAGCAGCACUGCAGACUCCAGAGGCUGGCACUUACAAUGGGGACCCUAAAUCGCAUCACCCACAAAAAACUGCAGGCAGCUCAGGCUGCACGUCCUCAGCUGAUCCUGACCUCCUAUUACCCACCCGGCUGUGCCGCCUUCCCAGGGGAAGAGUAAUGGGAUAUUCACACAUGACCAGCAGAUCGCUUGCAGACUGUAUGAAACCAGAGCCAAGCAGAAAGCGCCGCCGCCGAUUGCCACCCAGCAGCUAGCUGUUCAGCUGCAAAUAGCCACUUGAACAUUGCACUGCUCACAAUGCAUGUGUGAAUUGUUCCAAGGUUUCAGCAGUACUUCAUUGUGGUUGGUGACCCUGCCAGGUCACAGCCCCUCUAGCCUUAUAAAUGGAGAGCAGCAGGCCAUUGAAAUGUCUGACCUACACAGACGAGAAACAAAACCUUCCAAGCUACCCACUGACCUGGGUUUUCCAAAAUCAGGAUGUGGUGCCUCCUGGGAGCAAGGCAAAUGUGGCUUGUUUUUGGCAGCUAUUGGGAUUUUGGCUUUCUAACAUCCUAUAAAAGUCAGUGCCACGUAUAAAUCAGACUUGUGAUUUACAAGGGAAGCCCUUCUAAGGGCAACAGCAGCAUAGUAUUGUUAGGAAUUUGAGGGCUCAGCCUGGAUGAUGCCCCACAUCCCUUCUGAUUCUUGGGAUCCUGUAUUGGAGGGGGUGGAAUGUGUAAGAGCAACCUUUCCAAAGUGGCCCCUUUGUCUAGGUGAUGGGUUUUUUGGCUGACCAGUUAAGCACCACGAUGGACAUACCCAAAGAAGUUGGUGCUAGGUAGGAGAACAAGAACCAAGAAUCAUGUGAGAGCGCUGCGCUAGGAGCAGGCUGGAAGAUGGAGACACAGCGACCGGCUUGCUCUGUGCUGCGACUAAGACAGAAGUUGUUCAGGAUGUGAGCCCCUCCUAGCUUAUGCUCAGGUUGUUCAAAUAAAACCAUAUGUCCUAAAGACAGCACUAUCUCUACUGUGCUUCAUUCCAAGGAAACCAAUUCCUUGUGUACAUAAUUUUCAGAAAAAUGUAAGAAGAGGCAUGCCGGAUGAGGCCACAGGCCUAUCUAGUCCAUCAUCCUGUUUUGUUUUGUUUUAUUUAUUUCCAUACCGCUCUUCAUCCGAGGACCCCAAUACACAGUUUAAAAGGCCAUGUAUUGUAUGUUAAGGCAUACCCUCCAACUCCCGGUAAGAAAAAUCCGGGGUCAGCAGUGGCGCGGCACCGGAAGUCGCUUCUACGCAUGUCUGGACAUGCGUAGAAGCGACUUCCGGUGCCGCUCUGCCUGAUUUCCAGUGCCCAGACAUGCGCAGAAGGAGCCUCCCUGGCAGGUAGGAAAUCCAGAGGAUUUACAGGAUUUUUCUCUAUUUGGGAUAACAGCGGGAAACGGGUUUAAAUAUGGGGGUUUCCCGCGAAAAACGGGAGACUUGGCAGCUAUGAUGUUAAGGAGAUUUGCAAUAUGGUUUAUAGUUAGGAGUCAGAAGUUGCUAAAGAUUAAUUAUAAUGAAGCACAGAUGGGGGGAUUUGAGGAAGUCACCCUAAAAGGGCAAAGAAAAGAAUAAGAAUUUAUAAAGCUAGAUAUUUUGUUGUAUGUGUGCUUUUCGUUGUGUUGUAUUGUAUUUGUGUGUAGAGUCAUUUGUUUAAUGUUUUAUUACACAUGUUUAUAAAAUCAAUAAAAUUUUUUGGAAAAAAAUAAAAUAAAAGGCCAUGGGUUGUUUUAUUAGCCCAAAGGCCUGGGAGAAGGGAAAUAUUUUUGGCUGGCACUUAAAGAUAUGGAAUGAAGUCUCCAGCCAAACCUCCCUGGGGACAGCAUGCCACAAGCCGGGAGCCACCACAGAAAAGGCCUGCUCUUGUGUUGCCGCCCUCCGGACUUCUCGUGGAGGAGACACACAAUGAAGGGCCUCAGAUGAUGAACGCAGAGUCUGGGUUGGUUCAGAUGGGGAGAGGCGGUCCUUGAGUUAUUACAGUCCUCAGCCAUUUAAGGCUUUAGAGGUCCAAACCAGCACUUUGAACUGGGCCCAGAAACUAAUGGGCAGCCAAUGCACUUGGGCCAGUUGCUCAAACCGUCCUGCACCUUGGCAGCAACCUUGGCAGCUGAAUUCUGCACCAGCAUUGCCGUAUCUAGCCUAGAGGUUGCCAGAGCAUAGGCAACAGGCGCCCCCCCCCCAACCCCACCAGGCAAGCAGAUGCACUCAUGUCCUGCUUGUGGCAUCCCAGAGGCAACUACGGUUUGCUCUCUCCACUCAUAUUCCCUAGAAAUAGUGCCUCUGAUACCAGGCCAUGCACAUGGCCUUCUGCUCCAUGAAUUUGGCCACCAGUGCUCCUGUGGCAGGGAGUUCCAGAGUUAAACUACUGGUAUGUGCUGUGUGCAGGGCUUUCUUUUAUCUGUCCUGAAUCUGUCCUCAUUACAAAAUGUCAGUUCUGGGCUUGUGAGCCCCACGAGAAGCAUUGGUCUGCAUGAUGCUUACCUAGGAGAAUAAAGCACCAUCAGAACAGAGGAGACAGAGGUGGACCUAUGAUUACCUGUGAUGGUAGAGGAUUCCUUGUAAAAAACAAAACAAAAAACCACAUAACUAUGUUUUGCAGCACAGCUGCACUGGGAAACAUUGGCUCUGAGAUGGGAACUGUGAGUUGAUGGUAGAAUGGUGGGAAUGGUGAUCCCAAACAUCUGGGGGGCACCGGGUUGGAGAAGGCUGCUGUAGGGUCACCUGUGAGUGGUUUGCGACCUUGGUGUCUGCCAGCAGCCCUGAAGAGUUCAUUUUUAUUUAUUUCAUAAAAUUUAACACUGCUUGAUUGUAGAAAAGCAAAAACAACCCAAAAGCUCAAACCGGCUUAUGAAAAACAGAUAAAAUGAAAAUUCU